AUCCGACACUUAAAUCAAAUCCCGAAUUAGGGUUUCUCAUUCUUCAUUAUCGUCAUGGAUGCAGCAGAACAUCACAAUCCCCAACCAAGUUUCUUCCAUCAAAUCCUCCCUCCCCGUCUCGAAGACGCCGGCCUCGAGGAUUCUGCCCUUCCUCCCGAUUCCAUUCGCGAAGCCUUCUUCAAGGCCGCCUCCGCCGUCAAAUCCAGGGCCACCGCCCGUCUUUCACACUCCGACGACGAGGAUGAUGAUGUUCCAUGCUCCCCUACUUCCGCACUACCAACCGACGAGGACGCUCCGGCGAUUUGCGCGACGAAGAAGGGAUUGGAAUUGCCCGAAUUCGGUAAAGACGAGGUGGUUAUUGGGGGAAUGGAGGAAAGGAGAGGGAAGGGUUGUGUGGUAGAUGGAUUGGAAGGGUUGGAGAUUGGCGAUGAUGCCGAGAAGGAGAGCGGGAAAGAGGAGAAGAAGAAACCUGUCUUAGGCGAAGGUUUCGCUUGAAAUUGUAUAGAUGAGUUUAGGUCAUAGUUAGAAUGGGGGAGGGCUGUUGUUCUUGAAAAGUUAUUGUUUUCACGUUGUUUGUGAAUAGAGAUGAGUUCUUGAUUUUAUUUUUCACCAAAAGUAUUUUUA